AUGCGAGAGACGAGCGAGCUCGCACGGUUAGACCUGGACGAAGACGAAGACGAGGUCGAGGACGUGGAUGGAGUGGCUCUGGAUAUCGGGAAUAUCGUAAAUGGACCGAGGAUGCGUAGACAGCGACGAGAUGAGGAUUUCGCCUACCGCACGACGACGUUAGUAGAUGAUGAUACUACGUCCGUGACCCUCUAA